CAGGAUCAGGCGCGCGCACACCAUGUGGAAGAAAAUCGGUUAUCAGCUGGAAACACUGGUCGGGUUCACAUUAACGGAGCGGUGCAGUGUCAGCUCAUUAAAUUAACAAAUAUCAUGAGUUUUAACGUUUAAUAAAGUGUCAGGCAUUCUCCUAAAUGUUUUAUACACGAACCAACAGCUGAAAACCAGCGAGACUCGGAGGAAAGGCGGAUUUACAGCUGUGUGAUGGUCAAACAUGAGCGCUGAGCGGCAGAAACGGCAGGAGAAGAUUCGGAGAGCGCUGAGCUUCAUCAAAUCUUCUCUACCAUAUCCAGACCCUCAAGGCUAUGAGGGGUUUGUGGUCCAGCUGGUGUGUGAUCUCCUGGAGGAGGGAAACGCUGUGUUUGCGGAGCGCGACUGGACGCGGGCGCUUCAGCAUUUCAGCGAGGCCAUCAGUGUGGCUCUUUAUGCUGAAAACGAGGAGCUGAGCGUUCCCUCUGGCCUGCUGGAGAGUCUCUACAUCAACCGCGCAGUCGUUCAUCAGAACAUGGGUGAGUUUGAGAGUGCAGUGAAGGACUGUGAUCGUGCGCUGGUUAUCUGUAAGGACAGCGCUAAAGCUUUAUACCGUAAGGCUGUGUGUCUGAAGGAGUCUGGGAAACUGAGAGAGGCGUUGGACUGCAGCGAUGUGUGUCUUCAGGCCUCACCACAGGAUCAGUCGGUCAGUAGUUUGUCUCAGGAGAUUGCAGAGUGUCUAGGCCUGACACACAGAAAAGCCUCCAGCAGUUCUCAGAGGAAUAAAGCAGCAGGACCUGAGGAUGAAUGCACUGCACCGUCACCUUCAGAUGAGAUGUCUCCAGCAUCUCAUCAGGAGAAAGUCUCAGACUCUGCAGAUGAUGAAUGGACGUCUCCUGUUUCACCGGUGUCUGUGAACAACUCCCAUGAUGCUCCUCUGUGUGUGUCUGGAGGUGUUCUUCAGCCGCUGGAGGACUUGGAGCUGAUGGGGGAUGAGCUGGACCUGCUGCUGGACUGCAUGACCAAUGACAAGGACAACACACAGACUCGAGUUGUUCCUGCUGGUCUGGCGUGUUUCUCCUCUUCAUCUCCUGGUCUUCCUCCUGCGUUCUUCUCAUCUGCUGGCAGUGAGUUAAACGCUCUGGACUCCUUCAUUUCCCCUGAGCCGGACUCCUGCAGUGCUGAUUUGGAUGCUCUGGACUCCAUCUGUCCGUCCGCUGGCUCAGGGUCUGUGCAGCUGGGAGGAGAAGGACUGGACUCGCUCUCUCACUUCAGCCUGUCAGAUGUGAAAGCGUGUCGUAGUUUUCUGCCGUCAGUCAAGCUGACUCACUCUCCACAAACGAGAAAUGGUCACGUGACUUCGACUCUUUCUAGUCUUUCAAAGAAUCCACUGGAACCAACACAUGAGUUCAGUCAAGCCUGCAGCGCCUGCUUCACUUCCACAGGUCCUGGAGUGCUGGACUUUGAGUUCAGGUCUGACGUUUCUCACAGCUGUAAUAAAGAUCUUCUGCUGUGCCGUCGGAGGGGCGGAGCUAACUCACCCUGGAGGCGGAUCCGGCCCCGCCCACGCAACAACUUCCAGGGCGCAUUCAUGCUCUGCAGAGAGGUGUUGGAGACUCGGACGUGUAAGUACGGCGAGGAUUGCACAUUUGCCUAUUGUCCAGAGGAGAUCGAGGUGUGGACGCAGGAAAGGCGGGGCUUGCUGAUCCGAGAGCUGCUCUUCAAUCCCCUGCCGACCAAUCAGAAACGAGCGCUCAGUGUGGUGGAGCUGCUGAAGAUGCACACGGGCAUGUUCAUGUUCCUCUGUGAGGCCUGCUUUGACUGUAAACCCAGAAUAAUCAGCAAACGCUGGAAGGAGAAUCCUUCUUUGUGUGCGAACCUAAAACCACAGCAUCAGUUUGACAAGAAGAAGUGUUUGGUUCAUGCGUUGAAGGGCAGCUCUGUGAGCUACAGUAAGAUCCGCACGCUGAACUCUCGCUGUGUGUUUGACGUGUGUCGUCAGGAGCUCAGUUUGGGCUGCAGGAAGGAGAACGGCUGCAGCUUCGCACACUCGCUGAUGGAGCUGCAGAUCUGGAUCCUGCAGAGAGACACCGGAAUCAGCCUUGACGAAAUAGUGCAAGAAUCUAUAAAACACUGGAACAAACAGCGACCUACGGUUGUAGCUUCAAACUCACCGAACAAAAUCACCACUGCUGCCAAAUCAAUGAGUCCAAUCAGAGUGCAGGAGACCAAUGGAAAGGCAGGGCCUGCACAGGAAACUGGAAGUGCUGAGGCCAAGCGUCACAGGCUGGAGCUGAUGUUGAAGUUUGUGUGCGCUCAGUGCUGGAAGGAUGGACUGCUCAGUGAACCAGACCGAGCACUCAAAUACUGUACAGCUAAAGCCAGACACAGCUGGACCAAAGAGAGGAGGGUUUUACUGGUCAAGUCUCACGAGAGGAAGAAGUGGGUCUCUGUGCGACCUUUGCCCUUUGCCAAGACAUAUCCUCAACAAUACGACAUCUGUGCACAUGUGCUGAAGCAGCGUAAGUGCCACUACAUGGGGAACUGCAGUUUCGCUCACAGUCAGGAGGAGAAGGAUCUGUGGACGUACAUGAAGAACAACAGCCUCAGUGACGUCCAAGAAUUGUUUGAAGUCUGGCUGUCAACGUCCAAUCAGGGAAGAGCAUCUGACAACACUUCACCGCCUCAGCCAAUAGAAGAGAAGCAGAUCACCAUGCCGACGGACUUUGCUGAAUCCAUGAUGGAGGGUUUCUACUGUCCUCUGUGUGGUAAACACAGUAACAGUGAGCGGCAGUGGCAGCGGCACAUCUCCUCAGAGAAACACAAGCAGAGAGUGUUCAGCGGAGAGGGAGAGGACGAGAGUCUGGCCUGGACACAUCGCUUCCCCGGACGCUGUUUCUCCAUCUGUCCCAGGCUGGAUGAUGGUUGUCCUGAAGGUGUGAGUUGUGAUUUUGCUCACAGCGAGGAGGAGCUUCAGGAAUGGUGUGAACGAAGGGAUUUUCUCCGCAGAAGGUUGAACAAAGCCAGAGCCGACAUGCUGAUCUCUCCAACCGACAACGACUUUGGGAACUACAACUUCCUCCUUCAGGAUGAAACACACACAUGUUAAUAUCUGUGUUUUUGAGGGUGUGUUCAGGUGAGAGUUACUGCAGGUGUUCACGUGUUUUAAUAAAGCACAAAGAUGUAUUCUGGUGUAGGUCAUCCAGACGUGACCCAGAAUACCUGUUUCCAAAGUCAGAAUGUUUUACUCCGUGAUGUUUAAAUAGAGAAUUAAUUAAUUCAUUAUGAAAAGUAGGUGAGUUGAGUUUAUUAGUUUGACUCUGUCUGGAGUGAACCUGAAUCUCCUGAGCUGUUUCUCUUUAUGUUCAUUUGGUUUAUACACCAAAUAAAUGCAGAUGUGUUAGACUGCAGACAGGAGAUUUUAUCUUUCAGCUGUUCAUUUGCAUGCAGAAUUUGUCAUACUUCAGUAUGAAGAACGGACAGACAUUAUUUUUGUAAGUUGUUACUUUACAAGUAUUAUUACUGCAAUUUUUUGCUCAUACACUAAGUGGAGCCUGCAGAUAUAUCAAUCACAUUAUGAGUUAAUCAGUGUUUUUAUGAAAUGUUCUUUGUUAUAAUAAAUUAUACUUUCAUUUGUGUUUUUAAACAACAGAUAUCUGAAUAGGCUAAACUCAUUCUAUAAUCCAAAUGUAACUCUUCCCCAUUCUGAGCUCAGUAUUUCAGGUUAUUGAUGCAGUAAAUCAAGGGAAUCUGAUCUUUGGAUUUAUGUUUAUUUUUCAUGUGCACAAAUUAGUUAGUCAUUCAUUGUUACAGUCACUUAAUGUUGUCUUAAUCUUUUAAAUAAAUAAAUAAAUGUGUAUUUACAUAUUAAUGCAUUGUAGUUUCACUGUUGCAUUCUCCCAUUGUUUACAACACUCACUGUUCAUGUCAUAGGCUGUUUACAUGAUCUUUCUUAGAUGCUAGUACGUUAAUAAAUGCCUUCAGAUUAAUGUAAUUAGUGAGUUUAUGUUGUCACCAUGUGAAGAUUACAGUCUGUGAUGUUGUUUACUCAAUGUUUCUUAUACGCUAGUACAUUAAUAAAUGCCUUCUGAUUCA